CGUUUGGGAUGUAUCGAUCCGGUGUUUGCCACUGUUGUCAGCUGCCAGACCACUUUAUCCGCGAAUGUCCAUUUCGGAAUUGUCCACGUGGAGAGGAGAUGGCUGCUAGCAUCCAAGGUGUAUUGGGGAAUGGUUCGAGUGGAUUGUUGCUGGCACCUUCGUCCUCUUCAGCUCAGGUUGCUAAUUCGACGGGCACCUCCAAUGCUAUUGUGCCCUACCGGGCUCCAGUGAGUAAAGGAUUUAACAACGAUGGAGGAUACAACGGAGGCAAUAACGGUGGGUUUCGCAACUUUCAGAAUGAUCGAGGGCAGCGUUACUCGAAGCCAUGGGGAGGUGGAUUUAGGGAUCGUGAUGAUCGCUUUGAUAAGAUCUACGGUCUACUUGCGGAGCAGGCAGAGGAGCGCGAGCAGUGUAAGCAAGAGCUCGCCAAGCUGGAGUUGCUCGAAGCUGAGAAAAAGAAGUUGCAAGUCGAGGAAGAGAAGUGCGCGCGAGAUAGGAAGGAGAGGGAAUUACAGGAAGCAAGAUUAGGAAAGAUUGUUAAGUCUAGCAUGAAAGCUGUAUGCGAGUCUGUGUUAGGAAAGAAGGUGGAGAUCCCGGAUGAUGACGAAUCCGAAGUUAGUAAAAUUAGACGUGAGUUAGAAGAUCUGAAAUCAAGAUGUGCUAAUGGUAAGAAGGAUUCAGCAAUUGAUGCGUUGCGCAAGGAGAAGGAGGCUCUCCAAAUGGCGCAGAACCAGAGUAGUGAGGAGGCUACGCUGAGGAGGGAGAUUGAGGAGCUCAAGCUCCGAAAUGAGAAAAGGAAAUUGGGAGAGGAAUCGGACGAGAUCGUUGUUUUGCGUAUGCAAAUGCAGGAGUUGGAGAAGGUCCGUGUCGUUCUUGAUGACCGAAGCGGCGAGCUCAGCGCGCUCAAGUCUGAAAACCUUCAUCUUAAGAAGGACGUCCUGGACUUGAAGGGAGUGGUUGAUGAGAUCAAGGGUUCCGGGAAGCGGUCAGUGGAGGAAGUAGCUACGAAGAGUCCACCGAUUGAGCCUACCAAGGGCAAGCAACGGAUGGUUCCAAUCGGAGCUGAUGUCUACACUCCGAAGGAUCUUGAAGCUUUGCAUAAGCUGUACAAAGAAGCGCUUGAGGGGAAGGAGGCUGCGGACAAGAAAUCACAAGCUCUCAAAGAGCGUAUGGCCAGGAUGGGCGCUCAGAUGCUCAGUAAGCAGAGGACUUCUAUCCGCAGAACUCUUGUACGGAAAACUACUCCGCGCAACCUCAAGCCUGUCCUGAACGCUGUACGAGUCGAUGAUUCCGAUGCUGAUGAUGAUCCGGAGGAACCAAGGAAGACCAAGGCUAUCGAGGAGGUUCAGGGUGAUUCAGUGCAGGAGCAGCUGGGCUGGUAUCAGGAACAAUGCAAAAAAGAGCUUCGUCCUGCAAAGAAGGCGGAUAUGCAAAACUCUGUGAAGAGGAAGGCAUUACAUACAUCAAGCUCGAUCAAUCUAAGGCUGACGUGGCUGAAAUCAGAGCCAGAAGAAUGUUUGUCGAAUGGCUGAAGUCUCGAGGGGUGCAGGAUGAUGACGAUGAGGACGCAGACGUGCACUAUGCUACCUCUACAGAAGA